UUUGCUUAUCAAUUGAAGUUUUCAUCUUAUUAAUAGGGUUCCACAUGAUGUAAACCUAAGAGACAAGUGGGCUGCAGCUCUUGGAGUUGCAUCAGGCUAUUUAUCCGAAAGUCAUCGCAUUUGCUCAGAUCACUUCAGUCAGUCGGAUUUUGUUUCCUCCACUAGCAAGAGGCUGAAGAAGGCUGCAGUCCCAUCGUUUAUAUUGCCCCCUACUUCAAGCUCUUCUCCAUCAAAUCCACUUGGACAAUUAGAAGAACAAGAAGUCAAUCUUGGGGAAAUUCAAGGACGUGUUUCUUCUGAUAGUUCCAUGGAGACAUUGUCAGUUUUUUCCACAAGUGAAACUAUAACUGCUUCGCACUCUUCCAGUGCAACUCUUACUGCUUCACACUCUUCCAGUGCAACUGUUACUGCAUCUGAAUCUCCCAAAGUAUCUCCAAUUGCGGGUACUAGCAUUGUAUCUGAAAUGACUCCUGAUGGAACAUCUCCAAGAACAUCUGAUAGAACUUCUCCAAGAACAUCAAGAAAAAGGAAACUCAAAAGGACAUCAUAUAUGGGAGAUAUUAGUGAUUCUGAUUUCUCCUGUCCUAAGAGAGCGAGAAGGUCUUUUGCAGUAGCCAAAAGAGUUAUUCAGCAGAAAAACAGAAGACUCAAAACUUUACAACAAGCUAACCGAAGAUUAAAGUCCCAAGUGAACAAUUUGAAGUCAUUGCUGAAGCAUUUGAGGAAAAAGAACAUUAUGUCUGAAUCUGCAGAAGAGGUCAUAGAGUCGUCUGUCUCCACUGAUGUAGCUGAUUUAAUAAAACGGAUUUUGAAAGGACCUUAACGUCAAAAAUAUUCCCCAGCGUUGAGAAGUUUUGCCCUCACAUUACAUUUCUAUUCACCAAGAGCCUACAAAUUUGUGAGAGAAAAAUUUAAUCGGUCCUUACCCCAUCCAUCAACUUUAUCUGCCUGGUACCAGUCUGUUGAUGGCUCCCCUGGUUUCACAAGUGAAGCCGUCACAGCUUUGAAAAACUAUGUUACUCAAAGUGAACAUACUGUAGUUUGUCUGCAGAUGAAAUGGCUAUACGCCGAAAAGUUGAGUGGACUGGGAAAAAAUUCACGGGUUAUAUUGAUAUCGGAACUGGUUUCAAUUGUGAUAUAGUGCCUCAGGCAAAAGAAGUGAUUGUUUUCUUGGUGACUGCAGUGAAUGGACACUUUCAAGUUCCUGUAGGAUACUUUUUCAUUGAUAAAUUGAAUGGAUCAGAAAAAGCAAAUUUGGUGUUGCAAUGCCUUGAAAAAGUGCAUGAAAGUGGAGUGGAGUGGUGAUAACUUCUGUAACUUUUGAUGGGACUGCUUCCAAUAUAGCUAUGGCUGGUACAUUUGGAGCGAAUUUUUUUAAGGAUCCCAUUAAAACAUAUUUCCCUCAUCCUAUAACGGGGGAUAAUGUUUUCAUUUUUUUAGAUAUUGCUCAUAUGAUCAAACUCAUAAGAAAUUGCUUGGGUGAAAAAACACUAUUGAAUGGAAAUUCUUCGAACAAUUAGUCAAUAUCAAGGAAAGUGAAGAAUUGGUUGCUGGCAACAAAUUAAAAAUGAGACAUAUCAGGUGGGCACGAGAAAAAAUGAAAGUAUGCACAAACGUUCAGUAGAGGUGUUGCAGAUGCAUUCGAUUUUUUGAGGAAUGAUUUGAAAGUUGGUUACUACUAUUCAUCUGCAGAGACUUCCAAAUUUUGUAGAAUAGUCAACGAUGUAUUUGAUAUUUUGAAUUCCAAAUCUAAUUUAUGUAAA